GCGGGGCUGGCAGGGAGGCAAACUGCGGUGGCGACCCUCCUCCUGCCCCACCAUGAAGACCCGCUUCAGCACCGUCGAUCUCCGCGCGGUCCUCGCCGAACUGAACCACAGCUUGCUGGGAAUGAGAGUGAACAAUGUUUACGAUGUGGAUAAUAAGACAUAUCUUAUUCGUCUUCAAAAACCAGACUUUAAAGCUACACUCUUACUUGAAUCUGGCAUACGAAUUCACACAACUGAAUUUGAGUGGCCCAAGAAUAUGAUGCCGUCUAGUUUUGCCAUGAAGUGCCGAAAACAUUUGAAGAGUCGGAGAUUAGUCAGUGCGAAGCAACUUGGUGUGGACAGAAUUGUAGAUUUUCAGUUUGGAAGUGAUGAAGCUGCUUAUCACUUAAUUAUUGAGCUUUAUGAUAGGGGAAAUAUUGUUCUUACAGAUUAUGAGUACCUAAUUUUAAAUAUCCUGAGAUUUCGAACUGAUGAGUCAGAUGAUGUUAAAUUUGCUGUUCGUGAACGCUAUCCAGUUGAUCAUGCUAGAGCUGCUGAACCUUCAUUUACCUUGGAAAGAUUGACUGAAAUAAUAACCAGUGCACCUAAGGGUGAACUACUGAAGAGAGUUCUUAAUCCGUUACUUCCCUAUGGACCAGCUCUCAUUGAACACUGUCUAAUAGAAAACGGAUUCCCUGGCAAUGUCAAAGUGGAUGAAAACUUGGAAAGUAAAGAAAUUGAGAAAAUACUUGUUUGUCUGCAGAAAGCUGAAGACUAUAUGAAAAUAACAUCUAACUUCAAUGGAAAGGGCUAUAUCAUUCAGAAAAGAGAAAUAAAACCAAGUCUGGAAGUAGAUAAACCAACUGAAGACAUACUCACGUACGAGGAAUUUCAUCCUUUUUUGUUUUCUCAACAUUCGCAAUGUCCAUAUAUAGAAUUUGAAUCAUUUGACAAGGCUGUGGAUGAAUUUUAUUCCAAGAUAGAAGGUCAGAAAAUAGAUUUAAAAGCUUUACAACAGGAAAAACAAGCAUUGAAGAAAUUAGAUAAUGUCCGAAAGGAUCAUGAAAACCGAUUAGAAGCUCUUCAGCAGGCUCAGGAAAUAGACAAACUUAAAGGAGAGCUCAUAGAAAUGAACCUACAAAUAGUGGACAGAGCCAUCCAAGUAGUUCGAAGUGCAUUAGCCAACCAGAUCGAUUGGACGGAAAUUGGGGUCAUUGUGAAAGAGGCCCAAGCUCAGGGAGACCCUGUUGCAAAUGCAAUCAAAGAAUUAAAACUGCAAACCAAUCAUGUUACAAUGCUGCUAAGAAAUCCAUACUUAUUAUCAGAGGAGGAAGAUGAUGAUGUUGAUGUUGACAUCAAUGACGAAAUCGAACCACCAAAAGGAAAAAAGAAAAAGCAAAAGAAUAAACAGCUACAGAAGCCUCAGAAAAAUAGGCCGUUACUUGUUGAUGUUGAUCUCAGUCUAUCAGCAUAUGCCAAUGCCAAAAAGUAUUACGAUCACAAGCGAUAUGCUGCUAAAAAAACACAAAAGACGGUUGAAGCUGCUGAAAAGGCAUUCAAGUCAGCAGAGAAGAAAACAAAGCAAACCUUAAAAGAAGUCCAAACAGUUACUUCUAUUCAAAAAGCAAGAAAAGUGUAUUGGUUUGAGAAAUUUCUGUGGUUCAUUAGCUCAGAGAACUAUCUAAUUAUAGGUGGACGAGAUCAACAACAGAAUGAAAUAAUUGUGAAAAGAUACUUGACACCAGGGGACAUUUAUGUUCAUGCUGAUCUUCAUGGAGCUACUAGCUGUGUAAUUAAGAACCCAACAGGAGAGCCGAUCCCCCCUCGGACUUUAACUGAAGCCGGCACAAUGGCACUUUGCUACAGUGUUGCUUGGGAUGCACGAGUUAUUACUAGUGCUUGGUGGGUGUACCAUCAUCAGGUUUCUAAAACAGCACCAACAGGAGAAUAUUUGACAACAGGAAGCUUCAUGAUAAGAGGAAAAAAGAAUUUCCUUCCUCCUUCAUAUCUAAUGAUGGGGUUCAGCUUCCUUUUUAAGGUUGAUGAGUCCUGUGUUUGGAGACACCGUGGGGAGAGAAAAGUCAGAGUGCAGGAUGAAGACACAGAGACAAAUUGCACAGGUGAACUCAUAUCAGAAGAAAUGGAACAAUUAGAUGGAGGUGACAGUAGCAGUGAAGAAGAUAAAGAAGAAUCACAUGAAACUCCUAUAGAAGAUGAACUUGUGACUCAGGUUGAACAAGAAGAUAUUACUAAUCAGAGUAGCAGAGAUGAACUACAUGAAGAACUAAUUCAGGAAGAAAGCUCUGAAGAUGAAGGAGAAUCUGAUGAGGUGGUAAAAGAUCAAGAAACUAUUGGUGAAACAAAGGAGGAAAGGGAAGAGACAGUAAAUUAUCCUGAUACUACGAUUGACUUGUCUCACCUUCAAUCCCAAAGGACCCUCCAGAAACUGGCUUCAAAAGAGGAGUCAUCCAAUAUGAAUAACAGUAAAAUACAGAGCAGAAGACAUUUGUCAGCCAAAGAAAGAAGAGAAAUGAAGAAGAAAAAGCUUCCAAAUGAUCCUGUGGAUUUAGAAGUAACAGAAGGAAAGGACAAAGAAAAAGAAAAUGCUCUACAUGUUGAAACUCAUCAGAACAUAAGCAAAAAUGUUCCUGCUGUACAGCCAGUGAAGCGAGGUCAAAAGAGUAAAAUUAAAAAAAUGAAGGAAAAAUACAAAGAUCAAGACGACGAAGACCGAGAACUCAUCAUGAAAUUGCUCGGGUCUGCAGGUUCAAACAAAGAAGAAAAGGGGAAGAAGGGAAAAAAAGGAAAAACAAAAGGUGAACCAUUGAAGAAACAGCCACAGAAACCUAGAGGUGGAACAAAGAUUUCAGACUGCAUAAAGAAAGAAACUCCAUUCCUUGAGGUUAUAACUCAUGAGGUACAAGAUUUGUCUGUGGAUGAUCCACAUGAGGAUAAGGAGGAGCAAGAGCUGGAUCAACAGGGUAAUGAGGAAAAUCUGUUUGAUUCUUUGACAGGGCAGCCUCAUCCUGAAGAUGUACUACUAUUUGCUAUUCCAAUUUGUGCUCCUUACACCACUAUGACAAACUAUAAAUACAAAGUGAAACUCACUCCUGGUGUUCAGAAAAAGGGAAAAGCUGCAAAAACAGCCUUGAAUAGUUUCAUGCAUUUCAAAGAAGCAACAGCAAGAGAAAAAGACUUAUUCCGCAGCGUAAAGGAUACAGAUUUGUCAAGAAACAUUCCUGGCAAAGUGAAAGUUUCUGCACCCAAUCUUCUGAAUGUAAAAAGAAAAUAGCUGAAAUGAAAUCCUAAAAUAUUUAAAAGCCAAUUUUAUAUAUAGCCUUCUGGAAGUUGAGAUGAAAACUCCAUGUAACAAGACUUCCACACUUGAAAGAUGAACUAAAUAUUGCCUUGCUAUCUAUUCACCAAAAGGACUUAACUGUUUUUUUCCAGUUUUAUAUAGGGGAAACACUGCCUAGGAUAGAAUUUCCUAAGAUACUUCUGGACAGUCAAAUACUGUAGUUACUCUACACUUUCUUGAAAUUUGGGAAAUUAAUAUUAUGUACUCAUUUCAUGUUUUAAAGAAAUUGAAUAGUGAAGUGGCUUAAUUGCUUAGAUUUGAUUUGGUAGUUUACUGUACAUAAUGUCUAAAAUAUAAGCCAAUUCCAACUUUUUUUAUUUUUGGUAUUGAUGGGAGUUUGGACGAUUAAAGCAUUUGUAUAAUAGGAACCAGAGAGAUUGUUUAGGGGUUAUAAUUAGAGUAUUUGGCCUUGUAUGCCGCUGAUCUCAGUUCUAUCCCAAGCACCACAUGGUUCCCGGGCACUUGGCAAGUGUGGGGACCCUGGGUGGUUUCUGGUAUCCUUACUAAACCAAAAUAUAGACCUUAUGUAUUGAAGUGAUUUCCUUCUGCCUUUACGUACAGUCUGUCCGAAAUAAAUUACAUCAGAUUUAAAUAAAA